AUGUGGCGGCCCGCGCUCGCCCGGCUGCUGCUCGUGCAGCUGCUGCUGCUCAAGCUGCACCUCGGCAAAGGCGCCGUGAAGGAGUGCGAGGAGGACCAGUUCCAGUGCGGGAACAAGCGCUGCAUCCCCGCCAUCUGGAAGUGCGACGAGGACGAYGACUGCUCGGACAACAGCGACGAGGCGGAUUGCCCAAAGAAAACUUGUGCUGAGUCCGAUUUCACUUGUGACAACGGCCACUGCAUCCCCGCCAGGUGGAAAUGCGAUGGGGAGGAAGAGUGUCCGGACGGGUCGGAUGAGUCGGAAGCAGCGUGCACCAAGCAAGUGUGUCCAGCUGAAAAAAUUAGCUGUGGAGACUCGAGCAACAAAUGUAUCCCGUCGUCCUGGAGAUGUGAUGGACAGAAGGACUGUGAGAGCGGUGCUGAUGAGGCUGGUUGCACCCCUGCRUGUUCCCCCAAUGAGUUCCAGUGCAGCAACAGGACGUGCAUCUCUGUCAUCUUCGUGUGCGACGGGGACAACGACUGCGGGGACGGCAGCGACGAGCGCAAAUGCUCCCCUCUGACGUGCAACCCCAACGAGUUCCAGUGCAACAACAGCRUGUGCAUCCCGGAGCUGUGGGUGUGCGACAACCAGCCGGACUGCGAGGACCAGUCGGACGAGGCGGUGGAGAAGUGCGGCUACGACGCCAAGGCCCUCAACACCUGCGCGGCCCACGAGUUCCAGUGCGGCAACGGCGAGUGCAUCCACCUCAACUGGAAGUGCGAUGGGGACGAGGACUGCAAGGACAAGUCCGACGAGCAGGACUGCCCUCUGGUGACCUGCCGGCCGGACGAGUUCCAGUGCGGGGACGGGACCUGCAUCCACGGAGUGAAGCAGUGCGACAAGGUGCACGACUGUCCCGACAACAGCGACGAGGCCGGCUGCGUGCAAGAGUCAGCAUGUGAAAGUCCCAGCAAGUUUCAGUGUAAGAGUGGAGAGUGCAUUGACGGAGGCAAAGUGUGCGAUUCCCAUAGAGACUGCAGGGACUGGUCUGACGAGCCUCUGAACGAAUGUGGUAUGAAUGAAUGCUCUAUGAACAACGGUGGUUGCUCACACAUAUGUAAAGACUUGAAGAUUGGUUAUGAAUGUGAGUGCCCUCCCGGCUACAAGCUUCUGGAUAAAAAAACGUGUGGAGACAUAGAUGAAUGUGAGAAUCCAGACGCCUGUAGCCAGAUCUGCAUUAAUUACAAAGGGGACUACAAAUGUGAGUGCUACGAGGGAUAUGAGAUGGACACCCUGUCCAAGAACUGCAAAGCUGUAGGCAAGAGUCCAUACCUGAUCUUCACCAAUCGCCAUGAAGUCCGUAAGAUAGACCUGGUGAAAAGGGACUACUCACGGAUCAUUCCCAUGCUCAAAAAUGUAGUGGCCCUGGAYGUGGAGGUGGCAACAAACAGAAUAUAUUGGUGUGAUCUGUUCUACCGAAAAAUCUACAGUGCCUACAUAGACAAAGCAAGCGACACAGCGGAGCAGGUGGUUUUGAUAGACAGCCAGCUGAACUCCCCAGAGGGACUCGCAAUAGACUGGGUUCACAAGAACAUCUACUGGACGGAUUCAGGAAACAAGACCAUCUCGGUCGCCACUGCAGAUGGGAGCCGGAGGAGGACGCUUUUCAACAGUGACCUCAGCGAGCCACGAGCCAUUGCUGUGGACCCCACGCGCAGGUUCAUGUAUUGGUCUGACUGGGGUGACAAAGCUAGGAUUGAGAAAGCAGGCCUGAAUGGUGUGGGGCGGCAAGUGCUGGUGGCUGACAACAUUGAGUGGCCUAAUGGCAUCACUCUUGAUUUGCUGAAUCAGCGUCUCUACUGGGUAGACUCCAAAUUGCAUUCACUGUCCUGCAUUGAUUUCAAUGGCAGCAACAGAAAAGUUCUGAUCUCCUCUGUUGAUGAUCUGAGCCAUCCUUUUGGAUUAGCAGUGUUUGAGGACAGAGUGUUCUGGACUGACCUGGAGAAUGAAGCAAUCUUCAGUGCAAAUAGGCUGAAUGGCUUGGACAUCUCCAUUUUAGCAGAAAAUCUCAAUAAUCCUCAUGAUAUUGUGGUAUUUCACGAAUUAAAGCAGCCCAAAGCUCCUGAUUCCUGUGAGCUCAGCCCUCAACCAAAUGGAGGCUGUGAGUAUUUGUGUCUGCCUGCACCUCAGAUCUCUCCUCAUUCUCCCAAGUAUACAUGUGCCUGUCCUGACAACAUGUGGCUGGGUCCUGACAUGAAAAAAUGCUACAAAGAACUUCCAACUACUUCAGCUACCCUACUGGUUUCUACAGCCACAGCAUCUCAUACUGCCACUACUUCCACCAUGGCCAUCACAACUGCGUUUGGCAAGACCACAAACACCACGGAAAUUGUCCCCAAAACUACAUCAGAAGCUGCUAUUACAAUCCCAAGUUUUCAUUUACCUCUAACCACAUCCAUCCUAAUAGACUCUGAGAUGACUACUGGAAACAGCAAUUUAUCACAGCACUAUGCAAAUAACGGUCAAGGCUUUGAUUCAACCGUGACAGCAGCUGUUAUUGGAAUCGUCAUUCCUGUUGUGGUCAUUGGCUUGCUGUGCAUGGGGGGAUACCUCAUCUGGAGGAACUGGAAACGGAAGAACACUAAAAGCAUGAACUUUGACAAUCCAGUGUAUAGGAAGACAACAGAAGAGGAAGAUGAAGAUGAAAUCCAUAUUGGGCGGACUGCCCAAAUUGGACACGUCUAUCCAGCAGUAAGUACUCAGGAAACAGCUGAAGAGAAAUAA